UAUCACAUCCGGCGGUGAUUUUUGAGUGCCAGAGGUGCGGCGCACAAUUAGCCCAGCUUCGUCCGGGUUUGGCCGUCAUUGUAAAUAACAAUUUGUUCUUAACGGACUUACCUAGUUAAGUAAAGGUUAAAUAAAACAAAACAUUUUAAACAAUACUCUGGUCUCUGUAGUCAGGAACUUGAGAGAAACACAGCGAGGAUGGUUUGGUUUCCACUAGUUACCACAACUACGAAGUGUAAAAUAAAAAAAAUCGUCAAAAAUGUAUAUUAACAAAACAUAGCUUUUUGGUCUUAAAUUAUGGUUAGAGUUAAGCAUAAGGUUAACAUUGUGCUUAUGGUCAGGUUUCAAAUCUAAUUUUAAGAAGCUACAUUUAAGAAAAGGGCGGAGUUUAUAACUCUGUGGCUGUGGUAACUGGUGACGACCGACUACUGAGACAACAAUAACACAAGUCAGAUUCAAGUCUGACUUUUACAUCGGAUUCAACCUAUUCUGACCAACAACAUCAGCGAAUGUGUGCUUUCUUUCUCAUGUUGAUUGAUGGGUGACACGCGUCGAAUAGUAGUGUCAGCCUGACUACCCAUACUGCCCUGGUCCCCAGUGUCAGCCUGACUACCAAUACUGCCCUGGUCCCCAGUGUCAGCCUGACUACCCAUACUGCCCUGGUCCCCAGUGUCAGCCUGACUACCCAUACUGCCCUAGUCCCCAGUGUCAGCCUGACUACCCAUACUGCCCUAGUCCCCAGUGUCAGCCUGACUACCCAUACUGCCCUAGUCCCCAGUGUCAGCCUGACUACCCAUACUGCCCUAGUCCCCAGUGUCGCCUGAGUCUUUCCCCCACACUAUGGACCUCAACCUUGGGUAGAGCAGUCCUACACACCCCUGGAGAAACAUUCCACCCUCUCUCCUUUCCUCCCUCUUCCCCCUCCCCUGUCUCUGCCCUUCUCUCUCCUUGUCUCCUCCUCUCCUCCUCCUGUCCCUCUCCAUCCCUCUCUCCUCCAUCCCUCUCUCCUCUCUUGUCUCCCUCUUCCCCCUGUGUGUGAUGAUGGCUGAUGGUACAGAGUCUCUACAGGCCAGUGUAAACUCCUACUGGGCAGCUUCUCCCAUCCACGCCUCCGCUAUGUCUGACGAGGAGACCGAGGGACAGGACACUGAUGAGAUAGACAGGGCCCCUCUCCUGCCCAAGCAGCACCAUGCAGGACCCCCGGGGGCCACCGGGCGGCCCCUAGCCUCCCGCCACUGUCCAGAAGACUCGUACUGUAUGGUGUACAUGAUCUUCUUCCUGUUGGGAAUCGGCUCCCUGCUCCCCUGGAACUUCUUCAUUACAGCUAAACACUACUGGACCUACAAGCUGAGCAAUAAUACUGACGGGCACGGAGAGGAGCCGCGCUCAGACCUUAGUGAGUACUUUGAGAGCUAUCUGGCCAUCGCCUCUACAGUGCCUUCGGUCCUCUGUCUGGUCCUCAACUACCUACUAGUUAACAGGUUAUCCCCAGCGGUGCGUAUCCUGUCGUCUCUGCUCAUCAUCUUGGCUGUGUUCAUCGUGACCACGGUCAUGGUCAAGGUGGAUUCCUCUGGUUGUAGAGAGCAGUUCUUCUUUGGGACAUUAGCCAGUGUUGCUAUGGUCAGUGGGGCGUCCAACCUCUUCUCUGGCUCUGUGUUCGGGAUCAGUGGGCAUUUUCCCAUGAGGAUAUCACAGGCACUCAUAUCAGGCCAGGCUAUGGGUGGUACUAUCAGUGCAGUAGCCUCCAUAGUGGACUUGGCAGCAGCUAAAGAUGUGACUGACAGCGCUCUAGCUUACUUCCUGACGGCUGAUGUCUUCAUUCUUUUCUGUAUCCUCAUGUACCUGCUGCUGCCUAAACUGGAUUACUCACGGCACUACAUGCUGGCAGCAGAGUACAACAAGUCAGGGUCUAUACCAGAGCCCCGCGGUGAGGCGGACGGCCCGGAGGGGGCACCAGCGAGCACGGUCUCCUCCGUGUCCAUCCCUCCUCUAAAACCCAUCCUUCAGAAGACAUGGCUCCUGGGUCUCUGUGUCUUCUACGUCUUCUUCAUCUCUAUAAUGGUGUUCCCUGCCGUCUCCUCUGGGAUCCAGUCUGUUAACCAGAAGAGUGGCACCUGGACAACAACAUAUUUCACCCCCAUCACCAGCUUCUUCCUCUACAACGUGGCUGACUUCUGUGGUCGUCAGGCCACGGCCUGGCUGCAGGUUCCAGGCCCCACCAGUAGAGUCCUCCCCGCCCUGGUCCUCUCCCGGACAGUCCUGGUGCCUCUCCUCAUGUUCUGCAACUACCAGCCCAGAGACCACCUUCACACGGUCCUCUUCAGCCACGACCUCUUCCCUGUCUUCUUCAUCUGUCUCCUGGGCAUCACCAACGGGUACCUGGGCACCUUGCCCAUGAUCUACGGACCCAAGGUGGUGCCACGGGACCUGGCAGAGCCCGCAGGCGUGGUCAUGAGCUUCUUCCUGACGUUGGGACUGGCUGUGGGAUCGGCCUUCUCUGUGUUGAUAGUACACUUCAUCUGAAGAGGAGGAGGAGACGGGAGGAGGAGACGGGAGGAGGAGACGGGAGGAGGAGACGGGAGAAGGAGGAGACAGGAGGAGGAGGAGGAGACAG